AUUUCCAAACCAAACAAGCAAAGUAGAUUCCGUCCACCGCCGGCAUCCGAAAUCGGAAUCGAACAUGGAUAACCUGAUAACAUUGGUCAACAAGAUACAGAGAGCUUGUACGGCGCUCGGCGAUCACGGUGAAGAGAGCGCGUUGCCAACUCUCUGGGAUUCCUUGCCAGCCAUCGCCGUCGUCGGUGGUCAAAGUUCUGGAAAAUCUUCGGUUCUUGAGAGCAUUGUUGGGAAAGACUUUUUACCUCGUGGAGCAGGAAUUGUUACACGAAGGCCUCUUGUGUUACAACUUCACAAGAUUGAUGAUGGAAGAGAAUAUGCAGAGUUUAUGCACCUCCCAAAAAAGAAGUUCACAGAUUUUGCUGCAGUGAGGCAGGAGAUUUCUGAUGAGACUGACCGAGAGACUGGCAGAUCCAAGGCGAUCUCUACAGUUCCAAUCCAUCUCAGCAUCUUUUCUCCUAAUGUGGUGAACUUGACAUUAAUUGAUCUCCCUGGACUUACGAAAGUAGCUGUUGAUGGUCAACCUGAAAGCAUUGUGCUGGACAUUGAGAAUAUGGUUCGCUCCUAUAUAGAGAAGCCCAACUGCAUUAUACUUGCAAUUUCUCCUGCUAAUCAAGAUCUCGCCACAUCUGAUGCAAUAAAGAUAUCUCGUGAAGUUGACCCUAAAGGAGACAGGACUUUUGGAGUUUUGACAAAGAUUGAUCUAAUGGAUAAGGGUACUGAUGCUGUCGAUAUUUUGGAAGGAAAAGCAUAUAAGUUGCAGUACCCAUGGAUUGGUGUUGUAAAUCGGUCUCAAGCUGACAUUAACAAGAGUGUGGACAUGAUUGCUGCACGGCAAAGAGAGCGGGAAUAUUUUCAAAACAGCCCAGGAUACAGGCAUCUUGCUAGCAGGAUGGGUUCAGAGUAUUUGGGAAAGGUGCUUUCUAAGCAUCUGGAAACUGUUAUCAAGUCUCGGAUCCCUGGCCUUCAGUCACUUAUUAGCAAAACAAUCAUUGAACUAGAGACAGAAUUGAGCCGUCUUGGGAAACCUAUAGCUGCUGAUGCUGGAGGGAAAUUGUAUAUGAUCAUGGAAAUCUGUCGAGUUUUUGAUCAAAAUUUCAAAGAACAUCUUGAUGGCACACGCUCUGGUGGUGAUAAAAUCUAUGGUGUAUUUGAUAAUCAACUUCCUGCUUCUUUGAAGAGAUUGCAUUUUGAUAAGCAACUUUCAAUGGAUAAUGUACGCAAGCUAAUUACUGAAGCUGAUGGAUACCAGCCCCAUUUGAUUGCUCCUGAACAAGGAUAUCGGCGUUUGAUUGAAUCUUCCUUAGUAACCGUGAAAGGUCCUGCCGAGGCUGCUGUUGAUGCGGUUCAUGCUAUAUUAAAGGAUCUCAUACAUAAGGCUAUGGGCGAGACAAUGGAACUAAAGCAGUAUCCAACUUUGAGAGUAGAACUUGGAAAUGCAGCUAUUGAAUCAUUAGAAAGAAUGAGGGAUGAAAGCAAGAGAGCAACCCUACAGCUAGUUGAGAUGGAGUACUGCUACCUGACUGUUGAAUUCUUCAGGAAGCUUCCUCAAGAUGUUGACAAGGGUGGAAAUCCUACACAUUCAAUUUUUGAUAGAUAUCAUGAUUCAUAUCUUCGACGGGUUGGAAGCACAGUUCUGUCUUAUGUGAACAUGGUUUGUGCGAGUCUGAGACAUUCUAUCCCAAAGUCGAUUGUCUAUUGUCAAGUCCGAGAAUCUAAACGCAGCUUGCUCGAUUUCUUCUUCACCGAGUUGGGCAGGAAAGAGACAAAGCAGUUGGCUAAACUGCUUGAUGAGGAUCCAGCAGUAAUGCAGCGCCGCACUUCCCUUGCCAAGAGACUGGAACUGUACAGGAGUGCCCAAGCAGAGAUUGAUGCGGUUGCCUGGGCAAAGUAGGCGGAAAUGUACUGUCGUUUGGUUCAAGUGUUAUUCAUUGGAAGGGCAGCCUGCAAAUUCAUUUCCCACGACUUUGCUAGGAGAUUUUGGUCUAUUAGAUUCUAAGAAGUAAGAACAUUAUUGAAGUCUUCCCCUACGCAUGUUGCUUAAUAUUAUUUAUUUUUCAUAAUAAUAUUUAUUUUUUUAU